AUGAGGGCUAUUCAGGAAUUGGAUACCCUUUUAAGAGAAACUGAAACUGGCAAGAUUAAGCUUAGUCUUACUCUUAAAGAUCUAGCACAACUGCAUCACUUACAGUCCAGACUUCAGGAGUGUAAGUUUCUCAAUUCAAUCUACUCAGAAGAAAGCAGAAUUAAGUAACAAUUUGGCAAUUCAUAUUAAGAUAAUACCUUAACAAAUCAGUCACAGUCAAUCUAUAAAUCCAAGAAGAGUUGUGUUCAAUUAUAGAAUCAAAAAUGGAAUCUAUUGCAGUAUUUCAUUUAAUAAUAUAAUCAAGUCUAAUUUCAAUCAUCUAGAUAAAUUAAUUCUCUAUAUCUUGAAUUAAACAAUGAAUAAAGCAACUAUGAAGAAUGUACUUAGGCAAAUUAGCAAUAUUGUUUUGGGCAGCAAUAAUUUCACUUUGUUACGAUUUUAAGAAAAAUCUAUAGAGAGUGUCUCUACUGAUGAAUUUAUUGAAGUAAUUAAUGUUCUCAAAAUAGCAAUAACUAACAUUAGAAUAGAAAUUGUAACUCUAUUAAUAAUUCCGUGGCGAUCAACUUGAAAUCCUCACUUUCAAACCCACUGGGCAAUUGCAACAGAUAUUCAAAAGCAGCUCUUUAUAGGUCAUCAGAGUACCAUAGAAAUUGAAUGCCUAAACCCAUUCUUCACUCAUUAUAUAUGAAGUAUAACAGUUUGCCAAAUUGCCCCAAUCGAAACCCCAUCAAAUUAAACUGAUUUGUGAUCAAUUAAUUACUAUAGGAUAUGACUAUUUAAAUGAGAAUUUCCAGUAAACAUUUCUGCUCAAUAUCAUUUAGUAAAGAUGACUUAAUCAAUUCAGUCAGAGCCAUAGGCUAAUUUUUAAUUAAAAAUGCACCAAUCUUAUUUUAGGAAUGCAUUAGAAAUGAAAUCGAAAAAAAACUCAACACAAAAUGGUAACACUUUAAUAUUAUUAAAAGUGAAAUUAUUUAAUCAACCAAAAACUCAAAAGACACUAGUUUUGCAAUUUUAGAAAAUUAAACUAAGUGCUUUAUUCCAGUUAUGUCGAAUCAUGUUGUUUAAUUCUAUUUACAUAUGGAGAAUGUUUCAUUGGAUAUAAUCACUUUUGCAGAUUUUGUAUUUAUCCUUAUGAUUUAAUUUAGAUGUCACAAUUAUGGCAGCAUUUUAAACAUUGCUUAAGAGAAUUAAAGGAUAAAGAAUUUCUAUACUAAAUCAUUGAAGUAAGUACACCAACCAAAUUAGUAAUUGCAUCUGAUCUUCAUCUAAAUAUUAUUUAUUAGAGUGGUUCUGUGCCGUCUUCAUGGAAUUUCUUGGAUCUCGGCAAUUAAUAAAUCGAUUGUUAUCAAAACUUGACAGAAAUCAAAAUGGAGGAAAUCUACAAAACUAUGUUGCUAUCAUAAUUAGAUGAAGUUUAGAAGAGUAAAAAAGGGGCAAUCGAUGCUGGUUAAAUCAUUUAUCAUGAUAAAUAUGUAGAUAUUGCAAUUUAUGUGAAAAAAGAUGAGAAAAAUGAAAUUAAUUAAUUCUUUAUUGUUUUUGAUCAACCCAAGAAGAGAUUCGAAUCGCAGCGUCACUCAAAAAGCGAAAUCAAAGUAUCUGAAACUCUGGCUAGCUUAAAAUAGGAGAAAAUAGAGAAAGCAUGUUUAGUUUUACAAGAGACAUUAAAUCUGAAUCUAUAAACAGAUGAGAUUAUUGAUAUGCUAAAAGAACAUGCAUUGAUGACAAUUAUUGAACAAAAAGAAUAAAUAACUGAAGACAUCAGAUAAACCUACGUUUUAGAAUAUUACAGAAACUCCGAAUAGGUGUAAACUUAUCGUCGGACAGUGAGUGAGUCUGAUACUCCUUUUGCAACUAAAACGUUGAUUCAAGAAUAAUAAUUGACUAAUGCAAAAAGUAUUAAAGUAUCUAAAUAAACAUAGAAAUGGAACUGUUUUAAUUAAGACCUGAUGAUUUGGAAAAUCUGAAUAACUGGUGUUUUGAUAUUACAAUAUAGAAAGAUCAAAUAAAGCAUUAUACUUGGGCAUUGUUCCAUUUAUUAAACUAUUUUGACAAAUACCAGAUGUAUAAGGAAACAUUUUUUCAAUUUUUAGUUGCAAUAGAGGAGAGAUACAACAGUCGUCGUAAUCCCUUUCAUAAUUUUGAGCAUGGUUUUACUGUGGCUCAUGCAUGUUAUUAUAUGAUAAAGAAUAAACUCUUAGAUGAAUAUUUGGAUUAAACCGAAUAAUUUGCAGCAAUAUUAUCAGCACUUUGUCAUGACAUAGAUCAUACAGGGCGAACAAAUGGAUUCGAAGUGGCUAGAAUGUCUAAAUUGGCAGUAAGAUAUAAUGAUGAAAGUGUAUUGGAGAAUCAUCAUGCUGCGAUGGCCUUUAAAAUAAUGCAGAGGGAGAAAUAUAAUAUUUUAUCAAAUCUAUCUCAAGAGCAAUUCUAGAAGGUGAGGAGAUUCAUGGUUUCCAAUAUAUUAGCAACAGACAUGAAGAAGCACUUUGAUUUGGUGUCGUCGUUGGAGAUCAAGUAUAAAAAUGGAGAGAUGAACAUCGUCAAUAUGGAAACCAAAAGAGUGUUAUCAGGGUUAAUUGUGCACACUUGUGAUUUAACGCAACCUACAAAGAGGUUUGAAAUAACGAAGAAAUGGUCGAUUAGAAUACAGAAUGAAUUUGAUAAUCAAGUGGAGGAGGAGAGGUUAUUGGGAUUACCAAUCACUUAGCAUUUAGUUUGUUAAAAUUUACCAAAAUAAGAAUUAUCAUUUAUUAGAGUAUUUGAUUAGAUAUAAUCUAGAAUAUUAUCUAACCAUUAUAUGUGUUGACAUCGUCGAUUUUGAAUAAUGGAUUAUCUGUUGCAUUGAAGUGUUUGGAGGAGAAUGAGAAAGAAUGGACAAAAUUACUGAAUUGA